AUGUCUCGUGCUCAGGUCCAGAAGCGAUCCCCCGGCGGUGGCUGCGUUGUCAUGAAGUCUCCCGGUGGUGGCUGCGUCGUCAUGAAGUCCCCCGGUGGUGGCUGUGUCGUCAUGAAGUCUCCAACCCCCAACGGCUGCGCCGUCACCCGAACCCCCUCGGUCUGCGACAUCAUGAAGCGGUCUCCCGGUGGUGGCUGUGUCAUCAUGAACACCGCUGAGUUCUAA